AUGCCUUCUAGUCAACAAAUGAAUCGAAAUACUCGAAAGUACGAAUUGAAUAGUGCUUUAAGUGUUUUACAAGUAUUUAAUCCACUAAAUGAUUAUCAUAUCCAUCAUAUCAAUCAGUCAACAUCUCCAAUUCUAUUACAUGAUUUAAUUGAACAAGCAAGAAAAACAACUAGAUUUACUAUUGACACAGAAGAUGAUUAUUACACACAUCAACCAGCAUUAAUUCAAAUCGAAUUUAUACAAGAUAAAUCAAUAAUAUUAUUAAUUCAAAUAAAUCAUCUACCACAUUCAUCAUCCGUGGUAUUUUGGUUGAUAAGAUCACUGUUAAAAGUGAUCUUUAAUUCAUUGAACGUGAUAUAUUCGUGGGGUGAUGCAAAGGAUGAAUUAAGUAAAUUUAUUCCUUCUCGACUUCUGUCAUCUGAAACACUCCGAGAAAUAAAUAAUAUGAAUAUUCAAAAAAUCUUUAAAAAUUGGCACGACAGAAAACCUCAACGUCAAUGUAUUUUGGUGUCAUUGGAUGCUGUUAAUAGAUUAUGUACAUAUUCACGUAAAUCAACUACAAACUUCAAUCAUAAAUGGUCACUUCAAAUGGCUAUCGCUUAUGCAUUUCAUGAAUAUCUCGAUAAAAGUCGAACAAAAAGUAGAUGGAGUCGAAAUCUUGAUAUGACAAAUGAUAAUCAUCGAUCUUUUGUGGUGAAUCUCAAAGUUAACAGAAUCGUUCAAGAGAUGAUUGAAUAUGCNGGACAUUGUGACCGAGGACCAAAUGAGAAAAGGACAAUUUCUAAAGGACAUAUUCUUAAAGGAUAUUUUUCUUGA